UUGUCUAUUUAACUUUCAGAACGUUAAAUCGUAACGGAGCCAAAACGUAACGGAGCCAAAGUACAAAAACUCGAAAAUGUGGAACUUAUAUAAAUUGGAAGAGCAAUAUGCCCGCUAUCCUGAAAUCCAGCCGGCGGAAAUUGAAAAAUUAGUGCAAUGGAUCCAUGCCCAACCGCAUAUGGCAAAGCUGACGGCCCAGGAGGUGAUGUUAUUCUUCUAUGCCUGUAAAUGUAGUACCGAGUACACGAAACAGGUCAUUGAUACUUAUUUGACCUGUCGCACCCAUGUUGAGGAUUUUUUUGGGAAUUUAGAUAUGGAUCGGCCCGAGUUGAAGAGGGCCAUGAGGACUGUGGCCUGCUUCCCAUUGCCCCAAAGGACCCCCGAAGGCUAUGGCAUAAUUGUGGGCAAGCUAAUCGACAUGGAUUCAUCGAAUUUCAAUUUCGCCGAUGCCAUGAAGUUAUAUUGCCUCAUCCAAGACAUUUGGCUGCAGGAGGUUGGAGUUCUGCCCGGAGUUCUAUUUGUCUGUGAUUUCACCGGCUGCACAUUGGGCCACAUUGCCCGCAUUGGCAUACUGCAGAUGAAAAAGUUACUCUUCUAUUUGCAGGAAGCAAUUCCCGCCCGGCUCAUUAGCCUUCACUUCAUCAACAUUGUACCGUUUAUCGAUAAACUGCUGGCGAUUAUGACACCCUUCAUGAAAAAGGAGCUCAUCGAUAUGUUCCACGUGCACAGUAACAUUGAGAAUUUCCACAAAUUUGUACCGCAAGAAAUCAUGCCUGAGGACAAUGGUGGCAGGGCUCAACAUUCCAAGGAUUUGAGAGAGGUCUAUUAUGAGAAGCUGCGCACGAAUCGCCUCGAUGUCAUCGAAUAUGAUCGCAGUCGUCGCAUCAAUGAAAGGCUACGCCCUGCGAAACCCAAAAACGGCUCGGAUCUAUUUGGCAUAGAGGGAAAUUUCAAAAAGUUGGAUAUUGAUUAAAUGGAAAAUUUCGAAAAUGAUUCCAAAAUCAAGGAAUUCUAUUUAAUAUUCAAGUAUUUUUGGGGGUUGUUUUGAUCUUGCCUGUAACCUAUUUUUGGUGUUAGUUUUCAAUUCAGAAAUAAAAAUUUUAAAUAUUUCAA